GACGUGCUGCCACGUCGCACGUUCGUGGUCUGUGGAUGCGUUGUUGGACGCAUUCGGAUGCCUCCGCCGCGGUUCGAACGGUGCUACAGACUCCUGUGUUCAGCUGUGGACGUGCAGCUGCGCGAGCUUGUUUUCGUCGAAGUGGGUAUGCUGACGUGGCGGUUUCUUCGACAAUCCCGUCGUUUGCUCCAAGGGUGGUCCCACGCACACCCGCAUCGACGUCCUUUGUCGUCCACUCCACGCGAUCUCCAGUCAGCAGUGGAGGUCCUCCUUUGUGGAAUCCGGUAGUGGAGGUUCGCAGUCCUCCCGGCGAGCGUCAGCACGUCGCACCGGGACGCGUGGUGAUCGAGCAGGGCAUGGCUCCAUCUGCACAUUCGGCUGUUGGGGGGUGUCGGCGGUGUUCCGUCACGGAUUGUCCUGUCCUUGUCAUUGUGGACAACGGGUGCGGUGCGCCGGUAGUCGAUCACGGUAGGGGUGUGCCGAAACGUGCCGCCUUUCGUUUCCAUUUUCCCCUUGGCGGAGGUGGAAGGUGGGCGAUGGAUUGCAGACGUUGGACGGGUGAUGCCGACGUCGGUUUCGACGGCGGUGAUGACAUGCACGACGGUCAGCUGCAUGCUAGACCCCAUCAAGGUCAGCAAGCGCAAAGCAUGCAAUCAUUCACCGCCAUGCGUCAGACCCCAUCGACCAUGCAACAUCCGUUCUACCCCACACGUGCCGCUUCUCCGCCGACGCCUUUCGGUGGAGGGUGUGUUGGGCAGACUCCAGAGAGCAUGCAUGCGGGCGUUGCUCGCGGUGGUCCACAGCCGUGGGACAUGCGGGCGGACGACGGUUUCGCCGUUCGUGAUCAUCCUCUGCCCGUCAACCAGCAGUUCGAUUUGUAUGCAGCGAGGGCAUGCGUAGAAGGCACGAGCAUGGCUGCAGGCUUCGGCAUGCCGUCAACGCCCACCCAGAGCAUGCCCAUGGGUGGCAGGCAUUGGUCUCCCCAAUGCAGCCAGGGCGCAGGGAGGUUGUUCGGCUCGCGGUGUUCUGCAUCUCCAGCGGAGGGCGUUGACACGGAUGCCUCUUGGAAUCGGCCGAACACAAGGCCUGUGUCCCCCAAGACGCGCAUGGAAUCACCGUUCGAUGAAGGCACAGGCGGCUCCGAAGCGGGCGACGAAGAUGGUGAGGCAGAGCAAGGAAGUGCCCUUCCCAUGGUCGCAAGUUCGACAGGCGGGCAGAGUGAUGUUAGCGGCCAGGGUGCGGGAGGUGCAACUACGGUCGGCGGACGCCCUGCGAAUGGCCGCCUGCCAGCUCAAAGCCAAGCGAUGGUGGACGCUGGCUUCAAGCAUAGGAGCGGUGAAGAAUGCCGCAAGAAGUGGUCGAACAUGCUAGCGACGACGAAGCUCAUCGUCGAAAAGUGUGAAGCAUCUGGACAACCGUCGUAUUGGGAUCUGUCUGUGGAGGAACGAAAGGAGAAGAGUCUCCCGCUUUCUUUUGAGAAGGCUUUGUGGGACGCUAUGCAGUGGAAGCUAAACCGGCCGUCGAUGAGGUGUGACAAUACGCUGGCCUCGGAGAACCUUGCGGGCGGUGGAACAGAUGCAACGUCGGCGGGAGGAUCGGACACAAGAUGCGCGGAGGACUCAAACAAUUCCGCUAAAAGGAGGCGGACAGCCAGCGGGAAGGCGAGAAACGAUGACGCCGGCAGCAGCGUCUCGAGUUUGGGGAGGGCCAUGGAGGAUUCAACUCGAUCUUACUGCGAUGGCCUGGACAAAGCGGCCACCACCCUUGCCAAAGCUACCGCAGACGCGGGCAGUGCAAUCGCUGCUCGGAUAGGGGACGUGGCUGAAGCAAUGCGGGGUGGCAACACUGUUCUAGAGUUGCUAGUGGGUGUUCUCGCUCGGAGGGGGGCGAACGGAGUUGACGGCGGCGAAAGCCAUCGGUGCACGGACCCUUCGUGGAGGUGAUUGUUUUUUUUAUUUCAUUCGGUGUUUUCGCGUUUCCGCUCUGAUAACUUAUAUAUAUAUAUAUAUAUAUUAUUUCCUUCGGAACUGAACGGAUGGAUGUCCGCACGUCAACAUCGGUGGGAGUCGACCGAUAGGAGGCGCAUGCAUAUACAUAUGUGCACACAUAUACACGGAGCGUCACCGAAUUGGUCCGGCCACGUUCCCCGUAUAUGUAUAUACAUACAUAUAUGCAUGCGUCUUCUCUCGGUCGACUGCCACCGGCGGGAACACGUCGACGACCAUUCGUUUGCCUCUCAAUGAAAGAUUCAUGACUCU